AUGCCUCAGGUGCCUUCUCAACCCCCUCCCUACUCUAUUGAGUGCUCGUCAUUCCCUCCACCUAUCCAAGCCUCUGCUGGCUCGGAUGCUUGGGCUUUCCAGCGCGCCUUUGAGUCGGCCCGCGAGCCUGUCAGAUGGGCUAUACUCACCACUAUGCGUUGCUGGGAGAAUGAGUGGACCUUCAAAGAUGUCGAGGUGCCACGGGAACGCAUACAAGACGCAUACGACGAAUCGCCGCCUGACCUGAAGGCUACUCUGGAUCACAUUAUGAAACACAGACUUCCAUUCUAUUUCUUGAGCGAGGGGGACCGGCGUUGCCAUGAUCUAUAUCGCACUGGACGUAUGGAAGAAGCGGAGACGACAGCGUUAUCCACAGAGAACUUCGUGCGCGAAUUCAACUCUGCUGUGGAAGUGGUUCGCGCGGCUGUCUUGAAGACAUUCGAUGACUGGGCGUUCUACGAAGAACAUCGCGAAAUCAGUCCGGUUCCAGAAGCAAACGUCGCUCAAGCUUAUAUAGCUGCUUGUGACGAGCUCAGGAUAGUCGUCAGCUGGAUUCUCGCGACCGGAUGGAUAGUUCCUGUCUUCAAUCGUAAGGCGUUCGAGCAUUACCAGUCUUGUGUGCAUCGUAUUUGUCAGAAUCACGUUACAGCCCACAUCGAGAUACACGCUAUGAACAGACUUGAAGGGAUGUAUUGA